CGACGAUCAAUGCUCGAAACCUGAAACCUUCACCGGCGAAAACUUCCAGUUCCUCCUCGAGUAGCUCCGGAGACAGAUUAUACAAGUAUAUACACACAGGUAGACUUGUUAGAAGAAAGGAAUGGGAGGAGGCGAAGGAAAAGAAGGAGAUUGGGAGUGCGGUGGAUGUGGAAACAGAAACUAUGCCUUCAGAUCGUUCUGUAACCGGUGUAAGCAGCCUCGAUUGCUCGUUGAUACCAAAACUCCUGCCGAUUCUAAGUGGCUUCCUCGGAUUGGCGAUUGGAUCUGCACUGGCUGCACUAACAACAAUUAUGCCUCGCGAGAAAAGUGCAAAAAGUGCGGACAACCGAAGGAGGUAGCAGCUAUGCCAGCACUUGCAAUGCCUGGGGCUUCUCUGCAAACUCAUCCACAUUAUUUUGCCAGGGUACAAGGACUACAGCACCAAAGGUUGAAUCUGGGAGUGGGAUCGCUUGGCAAUGGAGCUCUUCAACAGUCCCUACCUUUGAGCUCUAAUUGGCUUUUAGGAGGCCCUGAUAGAUUUGGAAUUCAACCAGCUUCUACUUGGCCUUUGGGUGGAAAUCCCACAAACACAGUUCCAUAUGCAAACCAAGUCAGCCAGGUUAUGGUUCCAAAAGGGUGGCGCAACGGUGACUGGAUCUGCACCUGUGGUUUCCAUAACUAUUCUUCUCGUGCACAGUGCAAAAAAUGCAAUGCUUCCAUGCCUCCAGCUCUGGGAACGAAAAGGUUGGCAUCUGAAGAACUUGUUCAAGAUUGGGAUAACAAACGACUGAAUGCUGGGCAGACAAUGGGGCUGCAGCAAUCAUAUCCAACACUUGGGCAGAUAUCAAGUUCCUCAUAUUCAGCACCUGGUCAUAUGGCAAGCUCUUCUGCUAAUCAAACAGCUGGUCUCUAUCAGUCCUAUCCCAAUGGCAGCUCAUCAGCAAUGCAACAUUUGCAACUCAGCCUGCAGUUGCCUCAGAUAGUGAUGAUGCCAACACUUCCAGGAAAAGGGGCAAAACAAUGGCGUGAUGGGGAUUGGAUGUGCACGAAUUGUAACAAUCACAACUAUGCAUCUCGAUCCCAUUGCAAUAAAUGUAAUACACAAAGGGAGGGGCAUGUUCUUCCUGUAAGUGUUGCGUAAACAAGUAAUUGGCUUCGAUAUGUCGAAAUUUGUGGCGGCUAAUUCUGCAGAUUUUAGAGAAGUACUUGAAGAAAGAAAAAUUGGGAAGUGGUAAGAAAUGGCUUUAGUUUGAUUUGUCAACAUGAGUAUUGUUGUAUAUCUCUGUAUUUUCCUGAAACUCUAAAAAGAAAUCGUCCUGUAAUUCGUUUUCCAGAAUUGCAGCAUUUGACUGUUGAAUGGUAUUCAAUCAUAUGAUGAAAUAAACUAAAUGUAAAAAGUGUUAUUCU